AUGCGCACGACCCCCCUCCCGCCCGAGCCCGCAGGGUACGAGGGGACCACGCCUGCGCUGGUCCCACCGCCUGCAGCAGGGCCUCCGUCGACAGCGGCCGGGGCGAACUCGUCGUCGGCGGCAGUGGUGGUGGCUGUGGCGGCGGCGGCGGCAGAGGCGGCGCAAAGACCCAAUGCGGCGUCGGAAGUCUUUGCCCGCUCGCGCAAGGGCGUGGUGUCCAAGGUGGAGACGGCCGGUGAGGUGCUGCUGCGGCGCAAAGCCCAGGCCCGCCAGGGCUGGAACACCUUCUCGCGCAAGGGCAAGAAGCGAGCAUACGAGCCACUGGGUGAGCCGCUACCUGCUGAUCGGGUCAUCUUCCGCGACUCGCGCCGCAAGGCCAACAUCGAGGCCAUCUUCGCCUGGGCCACAGCCGCGCUCUCAGAGUCGGCCAACCGCGCCGCCGAGGCCUCGCGCCGCAAGAUUGCCCACGCCGCUGCAGCAGCAAGAUCCAACUCGGGCGUGCUCUCGGCUGGAGCUGGUGUCCCCGCUGACGCGCGGCUUCCGGCACCGCCGCCCGGCCCGCCGCCGGCUGACGGCCGCCCGCGGCCGCCCGCUUCGCACCGUCACCGCCGCAAGCUCCGAGAGCUGCCGGACACCCACGACAUGUUUGCCAACGGCUCCAAGGCUUUGCACGCCAAGGUCGCCGAGUCGACCGCCCGAGUCAUCGCCGUCCGCUCUGGCCAGCAUGUCCUCAACGUUGUGCCAUCGGUCGAGUGGAUUGCUCCGCCCGACGCCGAGGUCACCGUUGCGCUCGGCGUCUCGUCCGAGCCAGUGUACGCUGUCGAUCUCACAGUUGCCGGCAACGUCUUUCGCGCAGAUCAGUCGGCGACGCUGACCAAUGUUGCGCUGGUCAUCGCCAUUCCGCCGUCGGCGCUGUCGCACGCCUCAGCCCCGCCGCCGGCGCCGCCAACCGAGCCCAUGCCUGCUGCCGGCCGAGCGCCGCGGGCCUCUGUCUUUCUCACCCAGGUCCUCCCCUCGGCCCCCUCCACCGCCAGCCUGGCGGCCUCGGUCCGCGACGCUGAGUCGGGCCCGGGCUCGCCAGUCUCACCGCUGUCUCUGGUCCCGCCGCCACCGCCGGGCCGUAUUGUCUACUACGUCUAUGAGGGACGCGAGCUCGCAGGUCGCUACACUUUGGUGGCUGAGACGCUCUCUGCAGCCGCGCUUUCUCCCGGAGCCGUCGGUCCUGUACCGUCCGAGCCGCUCGCUGUCAAGCUAUCCAAGGGCAUGCACUAUGCAGUUGUUGCACGCUGGCCUGAGGAUGCGCUCGGCGUCGUCGCCCGCGGCCUUGCCAUCGACGAGACGCUGCCGUCGCCGCGUGAGCUCAUCACGCUCGAGACCGGAAUCAGUUCGCUGCCUGGUCUCGGGCGUGCCGAGGUAAGCAACCCCACCGCGCACGCGCUACCGUUUCGCAUGCAGCUGGACCUUGUUUCGCGGCCGAUGAUGACCCACCGCAAACGCGCUGCGCACGUGGCCUCGCUCUCGCAGUCGGAGCUCUCGUCGCGAAUCCCGGCCAAGGUCAAGCUCCUGCACUCGCGUGCUGCCGCCACUGUCGAGGGCGCCAUGAAGACCUUUGGCAACAUGGUCGACUCGGCAGCAUCGCAGGCCCGAGCUGCCGGCCGACCUGACACCUCGCACGUGCCAGAUCCACGCGGCCGGCCGCACUACAUCAUUGGCAAGCGGCGAACGAUCCGCCGCCACAACUCCGAGCGCUGGUCCGACGACUCGGCUGGCCCAUCGCGAUCGUCGUCACGGGCGCGGUCACGGUCGCGGCUCUCGCGAUCGCGGUCGCGGUCGGCCAUGCGCCGCUCACGGUCGAGCUCGCGCGUCGGCGAUGAUCGAUCAGCCCGCGGCGGCGGCGUUGCCACUCUCUCCAUGGACGUCCUCUCGCUCCUCACCAUCGGAAACUCCAGUGACAGCCCAGUCACCCGUCCAGAGCCGCUUGAUGCUCGCAUUAAUGCCGGUGCCCGUGCCGGCUCCAAGUGGAAGCGCCGUGCUCUCAUCAACAUCAAGGAAGAUGACUCGGACAACGAGCCCGACUCGCCAAGCGGCCACCUCGGCUCGACAUCGGCCGCUGGCCUCAACGCGUCGCGCUCGUCGAUCGCGCUCCGGAAACCACCGUUUGUGGCCAAGGCCUCGUACCUCGACCGCAAGACCAAGUACGAGCUCGCCCUCGCACAGCACCUCAUGUACGAGUUCCAGGUCGCCGCCGCCAAAGCUGCUGGGCCAGGCGCGGACGCCGACCACGUGUCAUCGUCGUCGUCGUCGUCGUCGCUCAGCGAGUCGUCAGCCGCCGACAACGCGGUGGAGCAGGCAGCAGGCCGCAGUAGCGGUGCAGCCCCGCGUCGGCGUGCACGCCGACCUGCGGGCGUCCCGCGCCUGCCCAUUGACAAGCUCCUCACCCGCCGUCGCAUGCUGCAGCGAGUCCGCAAAUCGCUCACUUCGCGGUCGUUCCGCGCCCCGCCACCCAAAUCGCAGGGCGUUCUCGGCCUCCAGUCGACGUUUGAGAUCGCCGGAAGCGCCGCCGAGCUCGGCUUCACGGCUGACGUCCGCAAGCGGCGGCGCAAACACCGCAAAAAGCGCAGGCAGGCCGGCGACCGCAGGCCGGCAACCUCGGCUCACGCCAGCACUGCGCGUGGGCGGCUGCAAGGUGUAGCAGGCAAGGACAGUUCGGGCUCGGGCGGCUGGGACUCGGAAAGCUCAGGCUCAGACUCGUCGGGCUCGUUUGACUUUAUUUCGUCCAAGGCCGCCCGUGACGAGUACCACGGCGUCAAGCACCAGCUCGUCCGUGCCGCUGCCGCGAGCCGCCAUGAGCGGGCGUCGUCGACGUGGACCAUUCCCGAGCGUCGGAUGCCCGGCUCAGCCCGUCAGGCGUCCGAGAACGCGCUUAAGGCCCGCGCCUUUGCUGAGUUCCAGCGCUCGGUCGAGUCGCGGAGGCUUAAGCUUACCCGCAAGUAUGGCGUCAAGAUGCACGCGCUCCUUCGGGCGCUUGCUGAUCGCGAUCCCCACCUCGAUGCCUCGACUCGUUUCGCUGACCUCCUCACCAACCUGCAGGCCUCGCGGCGGCGGCUGAUCAACGGCCUGCAUGCUGCACUCGAGGACAAAGACGUCGAGCGCUCCGGCAAGCUCGCCCGCAAGUACGAUGCACUCAGCGAAGUUCUCCGCAUGGCCAGCGGCGCAUUCCACUCGGACCAGGACAUGGACCUCGUCCGCGACGUAGCGGAGGCAGCCGCACUCGAGCGCGCUGUCGCAGUAGAGGCCUCGGACGGCUACGCCUGGUUUGCUGCCCUGGUUGCUGACGUCGUCACCCGUGCAGGCUCGGCCGGUCACGUCAGCGCCGAGGAGCACGCCGUACUCAUCAAGCUCAAGCGCGUUCUCCACGCCUCGGGUGGCAAGUUUACUCGCGACGAUCUUCGGCGCGUCCUCGGCUCAAUCGCUCAGGAGGACUUUCGGCAGGAGGGUGUCCAGUACAUCCUCCUCAAGGUUCGCGUCGGCCUCCAGAUCCAGCCCUCGGCCUACCACGCACUCCUCAAAGAAGCCGCUCUUCCGGUGCCCAAGGAGGUGCUCGACCAGAUGAUCGCCGCUCCGUUCAACAAGCGCUUCCCCACGCUCCGCGCUAUCGUCGGCGAAAACGUUCAGCCUGAGGCUCUCCAGGCCUACAAGAUGGUGACCGCCAACAUGGAGUCUGCAGCACUCGCCUAAGCAAACGUACGUACGCCAACAACACGCAGCGUCUUACGACUGCUUCACCUUGUUGGCCUUACCCUUGCCCUUGCCCUUGCCCUUGCCCUUGCCCUUAGCCUUGGCGUUCUUGCUUGCGGACGCAGCGCCAUCAGCAAACUCAACAGUGUCUGG